GCAAGUGUCCCCUGCCACACCUCGUGCCCCUAUGCCCUUUCUACGUGCUGCCAAAACAAGCAGGCUGCACCGUGGCUGGCCCCACAGUGGGCUGGGAAAGGAUUGGCCACGGUGACCAGCUGCUCCGUGGCCAGCACAAUGAAGUGCUCCCUUCGGGUGUGGUUCCUCUCUAUGGCCUUCCUGCUGGUGUUCAUUAUGUCUCUGCUCUUCACCUACUCACACCACAGUAUGGCCACCCUGCCCUACCUGGACUCGGGGACUCUGGGCGGCACACACCGGGUGAAGCUGGUACCAGGCUAUACUGGACUACAGCACCUCGGCAAGGAGGGUCUUUCGGGGAAAAGUUGUGCCUGCAGUCGCUGCAUGGGUGAUGCUGGCACCUCUGAAUGGUUUGACAGCCACUUUGACAGUAACAUCUCACCGGUCUGGACCAGAGAUAACAUGAACCUCCCCCCGGAUGUCCAGCGGUGGUGGAUGAUGCUGCAACCCCAAUUCAAAUCACACAACACCAACGAAGUGCUGGAGAAGCUGUUCCAGAUUGUGCCUGGUGAGAACCCCUACCGCUUCCGGGACCCCCAACAGUGCCGGCGCUGUGCUGUGGUCGGGAACUCAGGCAACCUUCGGGGCUCUGGCUAUGGGCAAGAAGUGGACAGCCACAACUUUAUCAUGAGGAUGAAUCAGGCACCGACUGUGGGCUUUGAGAAGGAUGUUGGCAGUCGAACAACUCACCAUUUCAUGUACCCGGAGAGUGCCAAGAACCUGCCCGCCAAUGUCAGCUUCGUGCUGGUCCCCUUCAAGGCCCUGGACCUAAUGUGGAUUGCCAGCGCCCUCUCCACAGGACAGAUCCGAUUCACCUAUGCCCCAGUGAAGUCCUUCCUUCGAGUGGACAAAGAGAAGGUCCAGAUUUACAACCCAGCCUUCUUCAAGUACAUCCAUGACAGGUGGACCGAGCACCAUGGCCGCUACCCUUCCACAGGAAUGCUGGUGCUCUUCUUUGCACUACACGUGUGUGAUGAGGUGAACGUGUAUGGGUUCGGGGCGGACAGCCGUGGCAACUGGCACCACUACUGGGAGAACAACCGGUACGCGGGCGAGUUCCGGAAGACAGGCGUGCAUGAUGCCGACUUCGAAGCCCACAUCAUUGACAUGCUGGCCAAGGCCAGCAAGAUCGAGGUUUACCGAGGGAACUGAGCAGCCCUGGACGCCUGCAGAACCAGUCACUUCUGGGUCCGGCAAGUGCCGGUUGCCACCCAGCAAUCACUGCGCCGUCCCCAGCAACCAAUCAGUGCUGCAGUUGGGAGGAGCUUCUUAGCCAAUCAUGCAACUCAAGGAGAACUUCCGGCGCCGCCGUCUCCACCAAUCAUGGCCUUGGGAGGCGGCGGGCCUCGACCCCUCACCCCCAACCCUGCUUUGGAUAAGAAUUUUUCUGCUUUUUAAGGGGCUGGUCGUGGGCUGGGCAGGAGCGCCUUGAACUGCUCAUUUCCAGCUUAGGCCCGAUGGGUGAGUGAAGCCCGCCAAAGAAAUGUGGUCCUGGUGAGACACUCUCCAGGGCAUUCCGUGGCUCACCAGCUAGUUAGGGGGUUGAAUUCACCCCGAGUUGGGUUGACCUCCCUAGGGCCUCACUAGUGUCAGGAACGGGUAGGAAGCUCCACCGGGUCACAUGCAAGGUGCUUCUCUCACGUGUGCCCUCACUCCUGUUCCCCACCACCUUCUCAGCGUCUGUCCUUAGGUUCUGGGCCUCCUCUCCAGCUCACCUGUUGAUUUGGAGACAAAAUGAGACCACCCGGACUCCGUUGCUUGUGCUCUCACACACAUGGCCCAUGUCUUUAGCCCUAAGGCGAGAGCAGUACGUUUGGACAGUAGGCUGGAAAGGAGAACCCUGUGCAUGUACCUUUUUCUUUCAUUGUCACCCCAAAGAGGAGCAGGCAGCCUCUUGCUUGGGGGUAGGAUUUGCUUUGGACUCAUGCUUUAGUUACCCUCAAGCUGCCAGGGAUGGCUAUCCAACCAAGAUUGCUUGACAAUUCUUUGCAGGCCUUGCAGAUGGCUCGGAGCUUUGCUGGGGAGGAGCGGAUUGGUGGCUGCCAUGCAUGCCUCCUCCUGUCCGCACCUUUACCCUGCUCACUCGCCUGUUCUAACCUACUUUCCAGCUCCUAAAGGGCUGGCGAGUCAAGAAUCAGGGGUUACAACUGGAAGCUACUUGCAUGACUUGACCCGGGAAGCAGAUGAGGUUCAUUGGGAGAAAGGGCUUCGGUGAAUGUCUCAGGCCUCAGAAAACACUUCCCUGCAGUGUCCACAUGAAUAUUUCCCAUUCUUAAUGAGUUGACAUUACCAAGCAGCCUCUUGGUUGGGGGACAGUCACACAUAAAGGAGAGUAUUAAGAAGUUUGGGAUGAGGCAACGAGUACCCCUAAAAACUAAUACAUGGAGAACUUUGCUUGAGUCUGUUCCUUCCCAGUUUCAAAAGCACGGGUGGAGGAAAAAAGAUGGGUAUACUGAGCAGGACCGUAGCAGAACCUCUCAGGGCUUCUAACCGUCAUCCAGAGUCACGGUACCAGUGGCUCUGUUCUUGCCUGUCUCCUCUCUGCUCAUCUCAAGAAGCUGCUGGGAUGAGAAGUGGGAACGCAAUGCAAUUAUGCCAAACAGUAUUGAGAAGAAUAAUUUAUUUUUCUUCCUUUUGUUUUGUUUAAACCAUGAAUCCCCAGUCUAGAAAAGGUAGGUCCCAGCACCCACAUCCUUUUCUUCUAUAUAGUUAUUUAAACAUUCGGUUUUUCCAUUUCUGUUCCUGAAUUAAAAAGAGCAAAGCCCA